GGUGUGCAUGCGUUCCAGUCACGAGCUGAGGAAAAGGAAAUCAUUGUAAAUCCCAUUCAGUGCCUUGUGCAUCCUUUUGACAAAACUUGGAAAAACACAACGUUUUUUUCACCUCCUCCUUUUCCCUCAGCAUUUCGGCUUUGUCCUCCUCUGUGCUGAGUACUGAUCAGGCAUCGAUUGGCCGAGGUUCACCUGAGUGGUUUUUUUUUCUCUCCCGUCUACGGACAAUCAUUCAAAUCACCUCUACACCCGCAUUAAAAAUCGAUUUAAAAAGAAAAAAACAACAAAAAAAAAAAGUAAAAGAAUCACCGCUCAGGCUUCUGCACUUCUGGACCGGAGAUCUGGAGAUGAAGACAGAUUUUACGUUUUUCUGUCGGACUUGGAUUGGAAUAGCAUAUGCCUCAGGUCUGGUGAUUGGCUUUUCUAUGACUCCACCCAUCCUUGACUACUCCACAGACGACCUAGUGAUUCCAGUCCACGAAACACUCACUAUUACAUGCUGGGGAGAGCGCCCUCUGGCUUGGGCCUGGCCUGAUCAGACGCUGGUGUCACAGGAGCUUACCGACCGUCAGGCCCAGUUGCCAACCACCAGGGCCCCCAGGCAGAGGGUCAUCUUGGUUAGCGAGUGUCCGGGGCUUCAUGGGAAGUCGUUCUGCAAGAGGCUGACCCUGAAAGGAGCGCAGGCCAAAGACACGGGCUACUAUCGCUGCUAUUACAGGGAUGUUAAGGCCAUCAUUGUCGGCACCACUGCUGUCGGGGUUUAUGUCUUCAUCAGAGAUCCCGAGCAGCCCUUCCUCAGGAGAGGGAGCUCCAGCGAGGGCAGCAGAAAUGACCUGGAGACCAUUUUAAUCACACGCUCCUCCAUGCAAAUCAUUGUGCCGUGUCUUGUCACAGUGCCAGAUCUGAAUGUCACCCUCCACGCGUAUCCCACUCCUCUGGACAAGAGUGGUGUGGUGUGGGACAACAAAAGAGGCUGGUCUAUUCCCAGACAAAUCAUAGACAGCGCGCCGAUGCUGAUCGGGGUUUCAUGUCUCGCCAUGCUAGGAGGAAAGGAGUAUCAGUCUGCCAACUAUCUGAUCCACACUACAGGAAGUCAGGUUUACAGUGUCAAGCUGUUUCCUGAGGACCCGGUCGAGCUGAUAGUGGGGGACGCCCUCACCCUGAACUGCACAGCGUUGGUGGAGUUCAACACUGGAGUGGACAUUCAGUGGUCUUACCCUGGCAAACUAACGAACAGCUGGGUGGACACUAAGCCUCAUCGUGAAGCUCUGUCUCAUGCCACAGAGGCUGUUAGCAUCCUGACCAUCCACAGUGUCAAUGUCACCGACACUGGCCCCUAUACCUGCAAUGUCACCAGCAUUGACACAGCACACACCCAACAAACUCAGGUCAUAGUUUAUGAAAAGCCAUUUAUCAGUCUUGACUACAGAAAUGGACCAGUGAUGGAGGUUACAGCUGGCCAGAAGUCAUUUAAAUUACAAGUAAACGUGUCUGCCUUCCCCACACCUGAAACACAAUGGUAUAAAGAUGAAAAGCUGGUAAAUCAGCGUCCAGAGUUCAAGAUGAAAAGGAUGAGGAUGCACCUUAACCACGCUUUGGAGAUUAAGGAUGUUUGUCAGGACGAUUCUGGGCUCUACAGGGUGGUGCUGAAGAACAGUGUGGCCAUGCUAGAGAAGAACCUCACCAUCAAACUUGUCGUCAAUGUUCCCCCACAGAUCCAUGAGAAAGAAGUAGCAGAUCCAUCCAGUCCUUACCCCAGUGGCAGCAGCCAGACUCUAACAUGCACCGCUUAUGGCCUGCCCGCUCCAUCCGUCAGCUGGCAGUGGAGGGCCUGGGGCCCGUGUAUCCUCAACACCACUCAGAGUGGACUGGUCCGGCGAGACAGGAAGAGCCGGAGUGACAGGAUCGCAGACUGUCAGAACUGGCAGGACAUUAACUUGGAAAACACGGUGAAUGAAAUCGAGGCCAUUGAGACGUCAGUCGAGGUGGUGGACGGCAGAGAAAAGACUGUGAGCAGGCUUCACAUUCGCAACGCCAGUGUUUCUGUCAUGUACAAGUGCUCCGCUGAAAACAAAGCUGGCAAAGAUGAGCGGCUGAUCUACUUCUACGUAACCACCAUCCCUGAGGGGUUCAGUGUGGACGUUCAGCCCUCAGACAAUCCUCUGGAGCUGGAAAAAGUGUCCCUGUGCUGCAGCGCCGACAAUUAUACCUACGAGCUGCUGCAGUGGUACCGUCUUGACCCCCAGGCACUGCAGGACGAGCAGGGCAAGCCCCGGGAGCUCGACUGCAGGAGCGUGCACCUCUACGCUGACACCCUUGAUGGCCAGCUUUCCUUCCAGGAGCCCUCCAACAGCUGGGUCCUGGACUUCACCAUCCCCUCCAUAAAGCUACAAAAUGAGGGUCAUUAUGUGUGUGAGGCUCAGAGCAGGCGAAGCGGGGAGAAACAGUGCCUCUUUCGAUACAUAUCUGUUAAAGCCCUGGAAGAGCCUCGGUACAAACGCAGCCUCACCAACCAGACUGUGAAUGUGACCGACUCUCUGCGGAUGGAGUGCGACGUGGAGGGCAGACCUCUGCCCCACCUGUCCUGGUUCAAAGACAACCAGCCCCUCCACCAAAUGUCAGGGGUCCAGCUGCAGGACUCAAACCGCACGCUGAGUAUCCAGCGGGUUAGAGAAGAAGAUGCUGGACUUUACACCUGCACUGCCUGCAACCUGCGUGGUUGUGUCCACUCCUCAGCCGCCGUCCGAGUCAUCGGUUCAAGUGACAAGGCCAAUGUGGAGAUUGUAAUCCUCAUCGGGACUGGAGUCAUCGCAGUUUUCUUCUGGGCUUUGCUCAUCCUAAUCUUCUGCAACGUGAAGCGGGUUAACCCGGCAGACAUAAAGACAGGCUAUCUGUCAAUCAUCAUGGACCCCGGGGAGGUGCCUCUUGAUGAUCAGUGUGAAUACCUGCCUUACGACUCAUCACAGUGGGAAAUCUCCAGAGACAAACUCCGAUUAGGAAAAGUUUUAGGCCACGGUGCCUUUGGGAAAGUAAUUGAGGCAUCAAUCUACGGCAUCAGUAAGAGCAACAGUUUGGACACGGUGGCUGUCAAGAUGCUGAAGGACGGAGCCACAGCCAGUGAGCACAAGGCCUUGAUGUCUGAGCUGAAGAUACUGAUUCAUAUUGGUAACCAUCUGAAUGUGGUGAACCUGUUAGGAGCCUGCACCAAACCAAAUGGUCCGCUGAUGGUAAUAGUGGAAUACUGCAAGUAUGGGAAUCUGUCCAACUUCCUACGAGCCAAGAGAGAGUUCUUCCUCCCAUACAGGGAUCGCUCUCCUAAAACUCAGAGUCAGGUGCGACGGAUGAUUGAGGCGGGUCAAAUGGACCAAAGGGCUCGCCAUCCACCUUCUGCACCUUCCUCCACACUUGCCAGUCCACAGAGUCCGUCACCCAACAUGCCAGACCAGACUCUCACUGUGGAGAAAAUGGAGGACCUGUGGAAAACUCCUCUGACAAUAGAAGAUCUAAUUUGCUACAGUUUCCAGGUGGCUCGUGGGAUGGAGUUCCUGGCCUCCAGAAAGUGUAUCCACAGAGACCUGGCAGCCCGGAACAUUCUCCUGUCAGAGAACAACAUUGUGAAGAUCUGUGACUUUGGCCUGGCCAGAGACAUAUACAAAGACCCCGACUACGUCAGAAAAGGCAAUGCUCGUCUGCCUUUGAAGUGGAUGGCUCCAGAGAGCAUCUUUGACAAAGUGUACACCAGCCAGAGUGAUGUGUGGUCUUUUGGAGUUCUCCUCUGGGAAAUCUUUUCACUGGGUGCAUCUCCGUACCCCGGAGUACAGAUUGAUGAAGAGUUCUGCAAACGAUUGAAAGACGGCGUCAGGAUGAGAGCACCAGAGACCGCCUCCCCUGAAAUAUAUGGCAUCAUGCUGGCCUGCUGGCAGGGCGAGCCCAAAGAGAGGCCACCAUUCCCCGCCCUGGUGCAGAUCCUGGGAGACCUGCUGCAGGACAACAGCCUACCUGAUGGGAAGGAGUACAUCCCUCUGAACCACUCGCAGAGCUCCGAAGAUGAUGGUUUCUCACAGGCUUCUUCGCGGCCUCCGUCUGAAGAGGAACUGAGGCUGGCUUGCAACACUCUGCCCGCCAGGUAUUAUAACUGCGUGCCCUUUGCCGGCUGUGUGUUUGUGGGACCGUCCAAAAUAUGCCAGCCCAGAGUGAAGACGUUUGAAGAGUUGCCCCUGGAGGUUCACCCACAGAAAGCUCCUCAAGACAACCAGACAGACAGCGGGAUGGUUUUGGCCUCCGAAGAAUUCGAGAGAAUUGAACACCAGCACAGGGGUGCCGUCUCAAAAAGCCGUAUAAGCAGCAGCAGCAGCACUGAGCCUCUCACAGCCUCCCAUGGUUCCCUGGGUCGAAGCAGUGGCGCCAUCAGCUCCAGGCACCGUCCCAACUUCUUCAGCCAGCUUUCAGGACAGACCUUCUACAACAACGAGUACGGACACCUGUCCGAGGAGGGCUUCUGUGACUUCUUCUCCUCGCCUGACGCCACCUGCCUGGCCUCCUCCAAUGUGUAAUGUUAGCAAAGUUGCACCCCGAGAGAAGGAGAGAGUGAAAAGAAAAAAAAAAACAAACAAACAGUGGAUAACUCAGGUCGAGGGAGGUUAUCUCAGUAUUAAUAUGUAGCCAGUCAUUUAUUAAUAAAGAUCAGGUUAUAGAUUGUUAUGACCAGAGCUGAACUCCUUCUCCUCUCGGGCUGCUGCCUCAACACACGGACUGAGCUGUAAGUGCCUAAAGUUCCACUAAUGAGCCACCGGGUGGCAGCAUUAUGACAAAAUCAAACCUUAAGUAUUUUCUAUUCACACAUUUAUAUUUUUAGCUUUUAUAUACAGAGUAUUCUUCCUUUAUUUGUACAAAUGAUGACUCAUAUGGGGAUAAAUAAAUAAAUUUGUCUUCUUCUG